AAUCAGCUGACGACGAAAACUCAAUUGGAAAUGCCCAACAAAAUUUUAGGUUUCUACAAUCAACCGACCGACUGACCGAACGACUGUGGGGAAUUGGGCUAGUGGGCACCUGAAAUACCAACGUUGACACUAACUUUGUAUAUAUAGUUUUAUCUAGUCCACAUCAAUAUGGUUAUCGGAUUUCUUAUUCGCUCGGGCCUUGUUGUUGGUGCCGUCUAUUACUCCAAGAAACUUGGCGUUUGGGGUACACCCGAACAGUCAGAAAAGUUUUACAAUUGUGUUAAAAGUCAACUUCGGCCACAUGUACAAACAUUGGAAAAGCAACUGCCAUUUGAGGUACCUGCAUUGCCACAGACGGGAGAGAUGCGUUUCUUGGCCAAACAUUACUACAAUCAGGGAGUCAAGAACACAUUCCACUUCAUUGAAAUGUUGCCCUGCUAUGCUGGACAAAUGGCAAAGAAGGCUAAGGACACAUUCAAUGACUUUGCCCAGCCACCAAAAUCUACGAACUAAUUGUUAAAGGGUUUGACAACUCUUAGAAAUUAAUAAUUAGUGCUAGGAAUACUCUCUGUUUCUGUUCUGUUGGUAUUAUAUAUAGAAUGUCCGAAACAAAUGUUUCCAUUAUUGUGGUCAUCGAUUUCACCAAUUUAAAAUAAAAAUGUCUUCUGUUGUAAACAAAAAACUUGGUAGUCGUUAUUACUUGCGUUGUUGGCCAUUUGAAUAUUUUGGGCCCAAUUUGUCUCACGCGAACAGUAGCUAAGAUGACAUCUUUGUUGACCAUCAUAGCAAAUGAAACAACCUUUAGUAUAAGUCAUGGCUGCUUUAUUCAAAUGUGGACUAUAUUCGUUACGGAAGGACGUCUAGGGGCCAAAUAUACUACGCACUCUUCAAAAUUAGAUAGAAAUCGGGCAACAAAUGCGCCCUCUAUGGGUUUAAAACACUUACUCGGGAGAUCGAUAUAUAAAAACCUGUACCAAAAGCUGCAGUUUGGGAGAACAAACAGAAGGAUACUAUUGGUGAUGCCUCGAUAUCGUCUUUUGAUAUCACAAUAGCAAUAUCUAACAAAUGCGAUCCGCCUAUGGAACUCACUACCCUUGUCAAUACAAUCUAUUUGCAACGCAAAUUCAUUUAAAAAAGCUUUACAGAAAAAUCUUUAAAUAAUCUUAAUAUUGAUAAUGUCUUAAUUAAAUAAUGUUUAUAUUGUCAAAAUUAUUUGUUAAUUAAUUAUAUAUUACAAAUGUUACUUUAUAUACUACUAAUCUCUGUUGAACUGUGUUAAAUGUCAUUGAUAUCUCACAUACAGUAAUUAUAAGAUCAUUGUUAUCUUGUUGUAUGUGAAAACGAACAAAUAAAUCUAAAUCUAAAUCUAAAAGCUACAUAUGUCAACAAAAUGACCAAUGGAAUGAACUUAA